GCUGGUUGCUUCGCUAGUGUGCAUGGUUCACUCGGUGGACGAAGUGUUGACCAAUGCAUCGUUGGAGAUCGACGACUGCAGAGCUCUGCUCCAGGUCGCGACUGGCCCGAGACGUCGGCACACUGCCGGUGAAUUCACUCCGGAUCCGUUCGCGAGGGAUGCGGGCCACAUCUACAUCACCAGCAUCCCAAAAGCCGUUGUCGACCACGUUGUCAGACGUUAUGGUCGGGACGUUGAAUUUGCUCUUGACGCACCGCCUUCAGAAAAGCCUCCAAAAUUGUUGUAUCACGAUUUCUUGGAGGCCGAGAUUUACAAGGUUGGAGUCGGAGGAAGAAUGCCAGAGUACAAGGGACCUUCAAUAUACUCAUGGAAAACCCAACCAGAGCAUCCGAUGAAAAAGGCAUUGGAUCGAGCAGCAAGAACUGCACUUCGAGUGGACGCUCUCUAUUGGUCAAACACACCGAGUGCAUACUGUGUCGAGCAAUGUGCACACAAGAAGCUCGGCAAACUGUUCGAAGAAGCAAGGUUGGAAUAUGUUCGGAAAGUGUGUCCGAACAUCGACUUCGAUGGAAUCCAGCCUGGGGAGUGCAUCCAUUGCUGGCCCAUAGCCUGUGUUAAUGACGAGAGGUGUUCGUCAAAAUGCACGACGAAGAAGUAUGGGCUGGCUCCCGGAAGAGAACACGAAGGAGCCUCCGAGUGGUUUAAGUGCAAUGUGCUGACCGUGCGGGGAGCAGUCGAGGAGUGCAUGAAACUUGUUGGCGGCCAGAAAGUCGGAGGAGUGUGCGAGCGGAAAUCAGAAGAAUCUGUGGAAGAUAAGCACAAAGUUUCAUUUUACUCAAACGGCGCGAUACACGAAUCGCCAAAAUUUUGGGGGUACUUCGAGGAUGGCACCUCGGACUAUCCGUGCGAGGACUCAAUAGAAGAGGCGGGCAUUGACAUCGUGGCACCGACCAGAUCACGCUUCGACAAGUAUCCGAAGUAUCCAGGGUUCGUUUACAUCAGCAGAAAGCCCAAGGAAUUGAACUACGAGCCCGGGGAUUCGAGGGCUGAAAAGUAUGUUUCUGAGCUUUACAAGAUUGGGGCUGCAGGAAGAGACGGCUCGUUUUUGUCUGAAGAUGGUAUUGUCCCCGAAACAGUACUGGGCGAGGAGGGUCUACUCUCCAAGGCUGUGGACCGUGGCAAUAAAAACGGAGAGCUCCAUGAGUUGUACUGGACGGACCAUCCCUCUGCCUACUGUGUUGAGCAGUGCGUGCACAGGAGACUCGGCAAAAUAUUCGAACCAAAACGAGUGGAAUUUCUCAGAGACAACUGCCUUUUCCAUGACUGGGACUCUCUUCAGAGAGUCCUCAAGCCAGAGGGCUGCACGCAUUGCUGGCCACUCGGAGAGAGGGGAAAGAGGACGCUGGCGUGUCAGCCUGGACCGAAAAAGGGGUCGGAAGGAUAUACUGAAUGGUUUCACUGUGCCCUUGACAAGGUGGUAGCGGCGGUGAAGAAGUGCAGGUAUCCGAAGAAAGAUGGAAUUGGAGACGGAGCCGGAGAUGGAAUUGGAGACGGAGCCGGAGAUGGAAUUGGAGACGGAGCCGGAGAUGGAAUUGGAGACGGAGCCGGAGACAGAAUUGGAGACGGAGCCGGAGACGGAAUUGGAGACGGAGCCGGAGACGGAAUUGGCACUUUCAUAUCCGGCAAAUGCAAAUUGUUUGAUCUGGAAGAAAGCCGGUCCGGGACCAAACGUGUCCGGGAUCAGGAGUCGAAGAUAAGUGCAACAGCAGCCGGCUGCGAAUGGGUCUUUAGUAAAGCUUCUCAGACGGACGGACAGACGGGAGAGAGCAAGGAGGCAGACGGUGAUUGCACUCUCGAUCUUGCAGAUGCUCAAUGCAGACAUUCACCCCGAGCCAAGCGCCUGAGAAACAGUCUCACCGAAAUGAGCGAGGAAUUGGAAGAGGAGAAGCGAAACCAACAGGCAAAGGCAUGGCAAGGCCACCUAUGGAGAUAG